GUUGACUGCGAUUUUUUUCCACUUUAGGCCUAAUUUGGAUGUUAAACUACUAAUUGAAUUGCAUGCGGAAUGUGGAUGUUGUGCGGAUGUUUGAACCAUUUAAUUCGACUUUUCAAACUAUAAACAGCGCUUGGAAACGGAUAUCUUUUGUCUAAAUUUAGCCACCAGCAGUGUUAUGAUGGGCGCUUCGUAUCUACGUAUCUCCAUGGUCCACACACGCAUGGGGAGAAAGUGUAAUCUUUAUUGAUUUUAGCUGGCGAUGUCAGAAAGCAUUUUUGUAUAAGCGAGAGCUGUUCAACACAUACCGACUGCAGCGAGCAGGAAACCCAUUUGUAGGCAGACGGGAGAACAGGGGACGGAUCAAUGCCCCCAUUGAUGUGCAAAUAUCGACAGGGCCACACUUUUAUGGGGUUGUAAGUCGGUCAAACAAGUGCGUCAUCAUUCUAUAGCGGGACGGUGCUGUCUCGAACUGUCCCGGUACCAAGCAACAGACGCCGCGACAUCAUGGAGGACCAACCUUGAGGGGAAUAGUCCAAGGAACAGUCCAAGGAACUUGGUGAUACUGGCUUGUUAUCUGUCUCAUGUGCAGGAGUAGGAGCGUAAUACUUCAGUGAUGUAAUGUAAUGGUUGAACUAAUGAUGUGUAUGUGAUUUGUUGGUGUGAUCAUGAGUAACUUGACUGUGAAUGUUCCCACCGGCACUCGGCCGGCAGUGGCGCGGCAAACGCUCCAGGUAGCCCUCAACCGUGCCGUACCGGCCGUCACGGAGGACUCGGACCGGCCGCUGUACACUUACCCCUCCCACCACCACCACCACCCCACAACUUCCCGUAUGCCACCCAAUGCCGCUACCACGACCAACGAAUUCGGCACCCGCACCCCUCGGAGCCCCAUGGCCCGGGAACCGGCGGGGACCAAGAUUGUAAACUUUGGUAGGAACGUGGAGCUGCAGCCGAGGGGCCGGUUCAACGUGAGGGGCGUGGGGCCGGACGGGUUCUUUCCCCCGGUCAAGUUAAGGACGGGUGCGACAGGGGUGCGGUUCUCCACCUCGGCUGGUAGCGUCAGGUCCACAAAAUCGCCCCAACAGACUCCGUCGUCGCCAGCAAUGGAGCUGGCCCCCGCCAGGACACCCAACAAGACAGCGACCGGCGCAGAGACUGAAUCCUCGGGGCGAGGGAGCGACGAGUGGUUAACCAGUGCACGGACAGAGAACAUGGCAAAGAAACACAUGCUACAGGAUAGGCCGGCCAACCCUUACAACACGAGAGCACCAAGGGAGACAUUUGCUCUCAAGGAGUCAUCCCCCUCACCAUCCGAGAAGGCCUUCAAGUCCGGGGCUCAUCUCAGCGGACCAGGCACGGGGCCUCCCGCCCACCCACGCCCCAGCAAGGACCCGGCCUGGGUUCGCUCCUUCAAGGUGAAACAGCGGAGGCACAACCGGGUGAAGGACAUCCUGGAGAGCAAGCCGGCUGGGCUGACGGUGGGAAGUCCUGUCAACAUGGACAGCUAUUGGUGACGGCUAUGCAGUGCGAUACUUCCGUCGUUUCUGGUUUCUUAGAAGCUCAUGUGGCGAGAACUUUAUGAUGACUAGCGCGGACGCCGGAGAACGUCAUCGCAAUUGUAGCUCAUAAAGUAAUGUUUUCAAUUAUACAGGCAAUGCGAAGCCUACCGCAGCUAGUCUCGACCUCAGGAUUAUGUGUGGGACUUGUAACAAUUAACUUGUAAAUCGACACGCUCGGAGACGAGUCAUCUACAUGUAUUAUUACAAUGUUGAAUGCUCCACGCCUCUGAAACAAGUGCCCAAUCGGGGUCUACCCGAUGUUCCCCAAUACCGAUGUUCCCCGAAAUCCUUAAGAUUAGGGUUAGGGCUAGGGUUACAGGGUAAGGAUUUCGGGGAACAUCGGUAUGCACCCGCCCAAUCCAUGUAUUAUUAUACAGGGUGAGCAAAAAAAAGGGAAACCCAAAUGUCGGGACCAUUGUUUUAGUGAAGUUCCGCAUGUAGCACUUCCAAA